CGUUGUGGUUGCGUCAAUAUCAUGUCUUUCGAGGACAUUAUCCUAAAAGUUAAGGCGCAUCCCGAGUUAUGGUUGUGCACGCAUCAGUAUUACAGAAAUAGAGCCGUAUGCUCACGCACUUGGAAACAAAUUACUAAAGAACUGGAUGCUGAUGGGCACCGAUAAUUUCGCCAAUGUCACGUAGGAACCAAUAUUAUAAUACCGGUAUAAAAACGGAAUGGACAGUUAAGAAAAGGUGGAAGCAUUUAAAGGAUCAAUAUAGAAAAGAACUCAAAAAAAUAUUAUCAAAACGCUUGGCGAUGUCAAACUGGCAUUACUACAAUGACCUGAGCUUCAUAACAAAUGAGGUGUUAACCGGAAGACACGGAGUCAAUAAAAAUGUUGACUCUAAUAACGCUGCAUCAGAAAACGAAUCAGAUAGCGACGAACAGCCACUUUUAAAAACAAAAAAAAUUCAACAUGAACGUACUAACAGACAACCGAAAUCAUCAGCUCUUGUAAGGCGUGGUAUAAAUGCAAAUAAAAAGCCUUUGGUAAUGAAACAAUUAAAAGAAAUUAAAGAUUUGAUUCAAAGCAAGAAUAAAACAAUGGAAGAUGAAUUGAGAAAUGAUGCCGAUUAUCUGUUCUUAAUAAGCCUAUUGCCGACCAUAAGGAAGCUGUCAGAUCUACAAAAAUUACACUUCAGAGGUAAAGUUAACGAGUGGCUACUAGAAACUCUGUCGCAAUACCAGUUUACGAAUGAUUGUGAUAAUAAAAUAUACGUCCAAGAUCAAUUAAAUGAAAGUCAACCUUGAAGUUGAUUUAUAUGCAAAAACACAAGUCUUGAGAAAUAUUUGAAGCUGCGUAUGUUUAUAGUAUUAUGUUACAAACGUUUUAAAGUAAAACUCUUAAA